AUGAAAACUAUCUUCAACACAGUAACAACUACAGACAUGAUCCAACCUAUUAACGAAUGGAAAGAACAAUAUAAAAGAUACGAUGCAAAUAGUGCUUUCAUCACAAUUUAUCUACUACCACUGGCGGUUGUCUUGAACUUCAAUUUUAUUUGCUACUUUUGCGAUCAAGUUCACCCAACCGUGUUCAUCACCAUGGUUAAGCAGCGACUGCUCUCGCUUUGGGAUUCUGACAGGGACUUCCUAUGGUGCUCCUGGGCUGAUCUGGCCUGCGCGACCAACUUUUUUAGCUUUGGAACGUCAUUAUAA